AUGGACAUUAUUCGUGUUCCUCUUUUGGAAGGUGUCCCGGACAAGUGGGUGUGGAAGCCAAGUGAAGAUGGCAGCUAUUCUGUUAACUCAGCGUUUAUUUUUUUGCAGGUACCUAGUGAGCAGCCUCCCAAUCCUAUUUUUAGGACUCUUUGGCGUUCUGUUGGACCCUCCAAUGUGAAAGCCUUUGCUUGGAGGUGCCUCUUGGAUCGAGUCCCGACCUUGGAGAACUUGCUGAAGCGGAAUGUCUUUAACACUCAGGAAACAGCAAUCUGCAAGUUGUGUGUGCAGGCAACAGAAUCUUGCUCCUAUUUGUUUUUCUCUUGCCCUUUGAUCUAUGAUGUUUGGCGUGGAUGCUCUAAUUGGCUUGGCUACUCUACGGUCUUGCCUAUGGAUCCUAAGGCACACUUUCUGCAAUUUCAAUUUGCUGGGAAUAUUAAACAGAAUCAGUGCUUGAGCUCCAUAUGGUUGGCGAUGCUUUGGACUUUAUGGCUCCAGCGCAAUGACGUGAUUUUCAGAUCAGCUGCUGUUAACUUAAACAAAUUAUUGGAUUUAAUAAAGCUCAGGUCAUGGCAAUGGUGUAAAGCUGGAUUGGGAGGGUUUGAUAACUCAUUAUUUGAAUGGCUCAUUCUUGAUAGGAAGUGUCUUAAAUUGGAGAAAACUAGCUCUAGCAGGUGUAAGCAGCUAUGGAGGAAAAGGUCUGAAUGUUGCUUGGCUUAA